AUGGAACAAGUGGACGAGAAACCGUCCAAUUGCGUAAACAGCCCAACGCCUGCAAAUACGGAGACGCAACGGCUGCUAACCAAUCCUUUAAGCACCACAAUUGACAAAGAUAGUAAAGGCAACGAGCAUAUGAGGAUGAAUUUCCACGUACGUCAUCAUCUUCCCCGUGGUCCAUUUGACCGAAUUCUCACACCUAACAAACCAUCACAGGUCAGCGGCCCACUCAACGAUGGUGUGGUGUUGGUCCACCUGGUCAAGCUGGCUGGACAGAGUGAUUUCGAAUACCACCUCCUCGCUCUAGAUGUUAAAGGUAAGCGAAAGGAUUGA